CUAACAUGCUAGAAAAUACGAACACGAGCUCUUUGCGUACAUCUGCCAGAAAGCUCAUGAUCUGUUUAAAGUAAUGGCAUUUGCGACAAAAAGUCUACGACAUUUAUACAAAAUAUACAAUGCAAAUACGGCAACAAUAUACUCUGCACUUCGCCUACCCAUCGCUCGGAUAUCAGUUGUUCAAACUACGCAAAAACAUUAUUACAACACAGACACACAUAGACCAAAAAUAACUGGCAGUUUAACGAAUAUUCAAUCAACGGGAGGAGCUGUACAAUCUCUAACACAAGAUGGAUUAGAUAAUAAAAAGUUAGAUGAAGAAGCAAAGGAGGAAGCGGAAGAAAAAGAAAAACGUGAGCAAUCACAGAGAGUACUCAAAUAUAGUUUUGCAUUUUUGGGAGUAUUUACUACUGUUGGAUUGUCCUAUUUAAUAUAUGAUUUAACAAAAACUAAAUAUGACGAAGAUGGAAAUGUUAUUGAAGAUGAAUACGCAAAUUUACCAUUUUAUGAAAGAACAUACAAAAUACUCAAAAGAGAAUUUAACUAUUGUACCAAGCUGUUUCAAGAACCUAGCAGACAUAAAUUGCUUCCAGAUCCAGUUCAAUAUCCUUAUAUUCAACCUCCUUACACUUUAGUACUAGAAUUAACAGAUGUAUUGGUACAUCCUGAUUGGACAGUAGUAACACAUCCACCACAAUUUGAAAUUGUAGUAUACACUGCAGAACAAGGAAUGACUGUUUUCCCUAUCUUGGAUAUCUUGGAUCCUAAUGGAUAUAUCAUGUACAGACUAGUAAGAGACACAACACGUUUUGUAGAUGGUCAUCAUGUUAAGGAUUUAAAUGCUCUUAACCGUGAUCUUAGUAAAGUUAUAGUAAUUGACUGGAAUGCAAAGAGUACAAAAUUCCAUCCUGAAAACACUUUAAGACUACCGCAAUGGACUGGUAAUGAUGACGAUACAACGCUAUAUGAUUUAGCUGCAUUCCUUAAAACUAUAUCGACAACAAAUGUAGAGGACGUACGAGAAGUUCUUGAUUAUUAUAGACAAUUUGAUAAUCCAUUACAAGUUUUUAGAGAAAAUCAACGAAAAUUAUUGAUGCAGAUUGAAGAAGAGGAAAGUAAAGCACAACAAGAAAGUAGUAAAGUACUUACCUCAAAAUGGAAAUUAUCCUUCAAUCAUUAUCGUUAG